GAAAGAAUUGACACAUUUGUCAGUUUACUUCUGUAACUUGUUGAAAACUGCGCCAUACAGCUUAAGUGUUUAACAUCAUUCAUGAGAGCUAAAAAAAAAAAGAAAGAAGUAAAAUCAAACAAUGGUGAGAGUAAAGAAAAGAAGAAGAGAAAAACCUCCAAAUUUGUUAAGUUUUAGUGGAAAACCAUUUCGAUUCUUUAAAAUCAUCCUUCAUUGUCUUCAAGAAGAUAGGCUGAAAAUUCCUGAGAAAUUUGCCAAGAAGUUCAGCUCCCAGCUUUCAACAGUUGUGACACUCACUAUACCAACCGGUCUUUCCUGGAAGAUUAGAUUAAGCAGAUGUACUGAGGACAAGCUUUACUUUGAUAAAGGAUGGCCAAUUUUUAUGGAGCAAACUAAUAUAAAACAUGGUUACUUCCUAGAAUUUGAAUAUGAAGGAAAUAACCAUUUCGAAGUUCACAUAUUUAGUUUAUCUUGUUGCGAGAUAGAUUAUCCUAUACAUCAAUAUGAUGAUCAUCAGAGGCGUAAGCAAAAUCGGAAUGACGAUUUCAAAGUUAAAGAAGAGCAAGAAAACGAGGAAGACGAAGAGAAAAAUGAUAUUCAUAGAGCUACCACAAUGUCGAAGAAUAAAUGCAAGAAGCCCUCUUUUACAAUCACAACACGAAAAUAUUGUGUCUCGUAUCUCCAUAUGCCCAAGAGUUUUACGAACGAACACAUGAAGGGAAAAUCGUACAAGUUUGCUAAUUUACAGUUGGGUGAAGGAAAAAAGUGGCGAGUAACGUGCUAUUUUCAUAGCGAAAGUUUUCGCUUAAUAGGACCAGGCUGGAAGAAAUUCAGGCAAGAAAAUAAUUGGAGUGAAGGAGAGAGUUACACCUUCGUGUUGGUUGACAAGAAACGUAACAGUGUAACGUUUAAAGUCUUCAAAGUAUAAGGUUAAACAAGCCUUUAAAGAGUAGGCCUUUUGCUGAAUAAGUGAAUGUUGAUCUCAUAAAUAGUCAUUUUUUUGUUGUAGUGAUUAUUAGUUAUAUGCUUGUAUAAGUUGUUUUCUUUGGGGGUAGUUAUUAUGGUUGUAUAAGUUGGUUAUGGUAGAUUAAGGUUUAUAAUACUAGUUGUAUGGUGAAACUAAUUGUUAAGGUGUUUUAGAUUUUGUGUACAUCUCAUACUCUCAUACAUAGCCAACAUAGGUUAUGAUUUUCUCUUGAGGCAAAAAUUUAUAAUUAUGUUAAGUUGGAUUGUACUA